UAAUUCUCUUCAUCACCAACUAUAACUAGAGAAGAAGAAGACGACGAAGACUUUGAAGAAACUCUGCCUCCUUCUCCAUUUCUCCCAAACUCUCUCAAAUGGGUUGCGGUGGAACUCUGUUCUACCCACUUCUCAUCACCCUCUCCGUCGCUCUAAUCACAUACAACAUCCUCAUCUCCUCCAACGCUCCUCUCAAACAAGGCUUCCCCUCUUCCUCCUCCUACGACGACCCAGUCAUCCAAUUGCCACGCGGCGGAUCCAGAAUCCGCGCCAACAGCGAAAAGAAUCGAAGACUCUUCCAUACGGCCGUAACGGCCUCUGACUCUGUCUACAACACAUGGCAAUGCAGAGUCAUGUACUACUGGUUCAAAAAGGCCAAAGCUUCCGCUGGACCCGGAUCCGAAAUGGGCGGGUUUACCCGGAUCUUGCAUAACGGUAAACCCGACAAGUAUAUGGAUGAGAUUCCCACUUUCGUUGCUCAGCCUCUGCCUUCUGGGAUGGAUCAGGGUUAUGUAGUUUUAAACAGACCAUGGGCGUUUGUACAAUGGCUUCAACAAGCAGACAUUAAAGAAGAUUAUGUUCUGAUGUCUGAGCCUGAUCAUGUCAUUGUGAAACCUAUACCGAACCUAGCUAAAGAUGGGUUUGGAGCUGCGUUUCCUUUCUUUUACAUCGAACCGAAGAAGUACGAGAAGGUGUUGAGGAAGUAUUAUCCGGAAGAGAGAGGACCUGUGACCAACAUUGAUCCCAUAGGAAACUCUCCUGUCAUUCUCGGAAAGGAAGCUUUGAAGAAGAUUGCUCCUACUUGGAUGAAUGUUUCUUUGGCUAUGAAGAAGGAUCCUGAAGCUGAUAAGGCUUUUGGAUGGGUUCUUGAAAUGUAUGCUUAUGCGGUUUCAUCUGCGUUGCAUGGUGUUAGCAAUGUUCUACACAAAGACUUCAUGAUUCAGCCUCCAUGGGAUAAAGAGGUUGGUGACAAGUACAUCCUACACUACACUUAUGGAUGUGACUAUGAUAUGAAGGGACACUUAACCUAUGGGAAGAAAGGGGAAUGGAGAUUUGACAAAAGAUCGUAUAUUAAGUCACCGCCACCAAAGAACCUUACAAUGCCACCACCUGGUGUUCCACAGAGUGUGGUAACAUUAGUGAAGAUGGUGAACGAAGCCACUGCAAACCUUCCAGACUGGGGGAUCAUAGAGAGAUAGAAACAGUUUAACUUCUUUUUUUUUGGGUCUUAAUCUAUCUAAUUUACGUUGUCGGUGUAGUUUGUAAAAUAUAUAGCUUUUCAAACAAACCGUUGUAUGGCAUUUUACAUCUUAAUUCUCUGUGGUCUCUAACUA